AACGAAACCGAGACGCUGUCCACCAAGCCGUUGCUUCGCGGCUCGCGCAACCUCACUCCCCCCCCCCCCCCCCCGUCGCUUGCCUUCCCCUUCCACAUGGCCGCCGCCGCCGCCGCCGCUCACCUCUCCCCUCCUCCCCCACUGCACGCGCGCCUCCUCCUCCUCCUCCCGGGGCCCAGUGGCCGCACGGCGGGCGGGGGCUCCCGUGGACGGCGGCCGCGGGGGCGCCGCUGGUUCGCGGUCCCACCGUCGCGGAACGGGAGCUCGUCGCAGGGGACGGAGUGGUGCCCCGUGCCGCCGGAGCAGCUGCCCGUGAAUGAGUACGAGUCCCUGGCGGCGUCGCUGCCCUUCUCCUGGGCCGCGGGGGACCUUGGGGUCUACUGCUCCCGUCUCGCGCUCACCGGCGCCGCCUUCGCGCUCUUCGUCGGGCUCCCCGUCGCCGCCUUCGGCGGCCGCGGAGGGGCCGGCGGCGAUCCCGUGCACCUCGCGCUCGGGGCCACAGGGUCGGGGAUACUGGCCGUCACGCUCGCCGUCGUGCGGAUGUACCUCGGGUGGGCGUACGUUGGCAACCGUUUGCUUAGCGCCACCGUGGAGUAUGAAGAGACUGGAUGGUACGACGGGCAGAUAUGGGUUAAAACCCCAGAAGUUUUGGCUCGUGAUCGGCUUCUAGGUUCAUUUUCUGUCAAACCUGUGCUGAACAGAGUGAAAUUUACCUUGGUGGUGCUGGCAGGGUCCCUGAUCCUUUGCAUUCUUCUUUACGCCAGCACUGAAAAACCAAAGGAUCCUUUUGAAAACACUGGCGGCCGUGCUAUCCCUGGAGUGUACAAUGAUACUUCUGCAAGGUCAUUCGAGCCUGAUGCGUUCUGUGGAGAACCUGAUCUAGGUGAUCUGUCGUAACUGUACAUAGCGUAGAUGAUACUUGGUGCUUCUCUUCCUUAGCAUGGUUGGAAAUGUCAGGGGAUAUAGGAUAUAGCACACACAAUACUACAAUAGGUAUUUUAGUCGAAGGUGAUCACAAAAUGUCUUACUCCCGCAAUUACUAAAUUUUGUGAUGAUUCAUAACGACGAUGUAAAUAUUUGACCGUAUAAUAUAUAUAACUUUUUUUUCGAAUAUGUAUAAAUACAUAAGUGCAUU